AUGAAACUUGCAUUUAAUUCUAUUGUCCGUAAUUGCAACAACAAUAGCAGCCCUACAAAAUUGAUAAAAAAAGUGAUAAUGAAGUCACUUGGCCAACGUGACUUCUCUGCACAAGAGACUAUGCAUCAUCUCAUGUCACUGAAACUUGUCAGCUCAUCAUUUAAUGUGGUACCUAUUAGUCUAAAUGGUUCACGUAGAAUCAAAACUAUAACAAAUGAUGGAGAUACUGUAACCAAUGACUCAUUGCUUGAUACUUACGCUAAAAGGGAAAAAUAUAUUCAAACCAUCCCAGAUAUAAUGGCUCUUAAUUUCAUUCAUUUUGCAACAAAAUACAAACUUGUCAACAACAAACUAACAGUUCAGCCUCAUAACAUGAUUCCCAGAGUUUUUCCAGUAUUUUCUUCCAAUUCAAAAGGUCCAAAUUUUGGACUUUAUUGCAAAUAUCAGUUACUUAAGCACAAACCUUGGCAUACUACACAAGACAAUGCCUGGGAUUGUCAGGAAGGCACUGAUGAAAUAUACAUCACAAAAUGGAAGGAAUUUCUACAAACACCAUAUGCUGAAGAGCAUGUUCCUGACUGGUAUGAAAAACUACAAAGUGUACAGAAUAACACAGAAGAGGAACCAAAUAUAGAGCACUCUUCAGAAGAGCUUCCACAGCGUGAAGAGUGGAUGGAUUUAGCAGAUCUCAUACCUGGGUAUUUUGUUAACCAAGAUAAUAUAACACAACAAACCUCUCAGCCUGAUUAUGACUGGCAAAAUGACAAGAUUAAGUAUGCAAAUCACUUAAUACAGGAAAUGCCAUCCUGGAUAAAAACUAAGAAAGAUACUUUGGAUUCUACCUUUGGUUUGCAACAACAAAAUAUUGAUGUUAAUACAUUCAGUGACAUGCAAAGACAUGCCUACAAUAUGGUGAAAGCACAUUCUGAACAAGCCUGCCCUAAAGAUCCAUUGCUUCUUAUUAUACUUGGAGUUGCCGGUACAGGGAAAAGUUACCUCAUUAAUGCCAUCCGAAACCUGCUCCAACACUCUUGUGCAGUGACUGCCACAACUGGCAAAGCUUCAUUUAACAUAAACGGAUGUACAAUCCAUUCACUAUUAAAAUUGCCUGUUGGCCCAAGACAUAACAAAGAAUUAACAGGACAAGGGCUUGUCACAUUACAAACCAAGCUGAAAGAUAUCAGUUAUAUCCUAAUUGAUGAAUACUCUAUGCUAGGACAAACAUUGUUUGGCUGGAUUGAUAGACGCUGCCGACAAGCAACAGGCAAAAAUGACGAAGUAUUUGGUGGUAAAUCCAUGAUAUUAGUUGGUGACCCAGCUCAAUUGCCUCCAGUGGCAGAUAAGCCAUUAUAUCAUUCGAGACCCUCCAGUUCUACAGGUGAACAAGGCUAUUUAGCUUAUCACAUGUUUGGCAAUGUUGUAAAACUGUCAGUAAACCAGAGGGUUCAAGGCUUAAAUCAACAGCAAGCUCAGUUUAGAGAUUUACUCAUACGCCUUCGCACAGGAGAUUCUAAUGAGCAAGAUUGGAAACUUCUUUUGGCAAGACAGCCUUCCAUAGCAUUGAACGUGAAUGAGUUUCAAGAUGCCACUAGGCUCUAUUUCAGCAAUGAAGAAGUUGCUAAUUAUAACUUUGAACAGUUAUCAGAACUUCAUCAGCCAAUAGCCUGCAUCACUGCACGUCACUCUAGUGAUAUAGCUAAGAAAGCAAGUUCAGAUGACAUGUCAGGUUUACAACCGACCAUUUUCCUUGCAAAAGGUGCACAUGUAAUGCUUACCAUGAACCUAUGGAUAGAUGUUGGACUUUGUAACGGUGCAACUGGAACGGUUGAAGAUUUCAUUUAUGCAAACAACCAGCAACCACCAGACUUGCCUGUCGCUGUCAUAGUAAAAUUUAAUGAGUAUAGAGGUCCAUCUAUCAGUGAUAGCAUUCCACGAUGUGUGCCUAUAUGCCCAAUAACAAUAACCUCACAGACACUAGAUGGUUUACAUGAGAGACAACAGUUGCCUCUCAAACUUGCUUGGGCAAUCACAAUACACAAGAGCCAAGGGUUAACACUGCCAAAAGCAUGGAUUGACAUUGGUCAGACUGAAACUACUGCAGGCAUUUCAUAUGUAGCUAUAAGCAGAACAAGACAGAGAUCUAAUAUGGCUUCAGAAAAACAAGACAUAACUUGCUUUGUGCAUAAUGUCUCACCAGUAAAAAAAUCUGGACCAACAAGCUACUUUAACUGCCACCUUCAGACAGAGAAAGAUCUCAUUGGCAGUGUAUGCUUUGCAACUGAAAAGAAGGAAACUCUUGAUGCAAUGGCCGCACAAAGAUCACCGGUUAAAAUUUCAAAUUUUAACAUCAGCAAUAAGUAUGGACGAAGUGAUGUAGUAAUAAACAGGAACACAACCAUCACUUCAACAACAGCUGAUUUUCCAUACAAAGCACAAGAUGAUGUCACAUCAAUUGCAUCCUUGUCAAAAGUAGCACCACAACAGCUAGUGUCAAUAAAAGGAAAGAUAUCACAUCUAAGUGCGACCAAAACUAUAGUCAUCCAAGAUUCUCCUGUCAAAAAACAGGAAGGCUAUAUAGUUGAUCCAUCUGGUUACAUAAAAGUUAUUUUCUGGGGUGAGCAUGUUGACAGCGUCACACCACAGUCCACCUAUUUCUUCAACAACUUGAGAAUGAAAGUAUCUCAGAAUCAAAGAUACUUGAACACACCAAAACAAGAUAAUUUAUACACCAUCAAGGACGCUGAACCCUUCAAACAAACAUUACCUGAAGUCAGUGACAUCUCAACAACAACAGAAACCAUUGGAGAAAUACUAGGAAUAAGCAGUGUCACCAAAUACAACUGUUGUUGUUCAUGUUCAAAAAAAGUUACAAUCAAGGGAAAAAUUGCAGUCUGCGAUAACUGCAAAGUAACACAAAAGGCAACCAGCUGCAGUGUAAAGUGGACACUCAAGAUCCAUAUCCAAAACUCCAAACAACCACUGCAGAAGCUUCAGCUACAGGUUUAUCAAGAAGCAGUGCCAAAGUUGUUUUCAAUUUGUCACUUAAUUGCAAAUGAAACAACAGAGGAGGAAAUCACAGAGGCUGUCUUAAACCUAGACACAGUUAAAGUAUGCUUUGACACGCAAACGCGAAAACUUGUGGACAUUGAAAAAAUUGCCAUUUAA